CUGUUUAAAUCUAAACAGCAAAGGCCUCAAUCUUUUUUAACAUUUCAUUUGUGUUUCCUAUUGCCUUUUUAUGGUGCUCUGAUCCUUGUUGUUUGUUGCUUCUAAAGGACCUGUUCAUGUACAUUUGGCUUCAAUGGAAGAUGAGGGAAUUCACAGCAUUUUUGAGGAGGGCCUCACCACUUUGCAGGAUUGAGUCCUAACAGUGCAUUAUUCCCAGGCCCCAGGGCAGAAAUUAGUGAGCAGGGCUGUCAUUUUGGAACAGCUUCAUUGAGGGUGACUUUGAAAAUGACCAGUAUGGUUUUCAGUAUUUCACCGAAACCUACAGAGCAAUUCUCCUUUGUGAGAGAUACAGCAUAUGGUCUGUUUAAAGUAAAGAUGUCUUCAAAUUCAUCUACAUUUUUGAACCAAGAAAGCCAUCAAAAAUUAAAAAGAAAUGUUGAAUGUUUGAAAAAUUCACAACAACAGACUACUUCAUCACUUCAAGAUAAUCCACUUCAAAAUUUACAGUUAGCAUCCUGGGAAGUUCUUGAAAAGGCCCAAAAGAGUGGGAGAUCAAAAUGCCCAAGAUGUGGUAGUUCAAGGAUGUUUUAUUGUUAUUCAUGUUAUGUUCCAGUUGAAACUGUACCUAGCAAAGAAAUUCCAAUUGUGAAGCUUCCUUUGAAGAUUGACAUAAUUAAACACCCAAAUGAAACUGAUGGCAAAAGCACUGCUGUACAUGCUAAACUCCUAGCACCUGAAGAUGUUACCAUUUAUACAUAUCCUUGCAUUCCGGAAUAUGAAGAAAAAAGACAUGAAAUUGCACUUAUCUUUCCUGGUCCUAACUCAACUUCGGUAAAAGAUAUUAUUCCCCAUCUGCAAAAAAAUGUUCAGAAAAAUGUUAGUUGUGGCAAUGAUGAUGAUUCUUCAGCAGAGCCAUUUCUCAAGAAAGCAAAAAUAGAAACAAAAGAAGAUAGAAACCUAAGUGAAUACAAAUCAAACAGCAGGAGUGAAGACACUGUACUGAAGAAAGUAAUAUUUAUUGACAGUACUUGGAAUCAAACCAAUAAAAUAAUCACUGAUGAGCGACUCCAAGGGUUACUACAAAUUGAGUUGAAAACAAGGAAAACUUGCUUUUGGCGUCAUCAGAAAGGAAAGCCAGAUACAUAUCUUUCUACAAUUGAAGCCAUUUAUUAUUUUCUUGUGGAUUAUCACCAGGAGGUUUUAAAAGAGAGCUCCAAAGGACAAUAUGACAACCUGCUUUUUUUCUUUUCAUUUAUGUACACGUUGAUAAAAAACGCCAAGAAUUCUGCAGGAAAAGAAUAAGCCAAGCCAUCUGUUUGUCUGGGAACAGCACCAUGUUUGUCUUUCUUUAAUUAUGAUAAAGUGUAGUAAUACAAUUUUUUGUCUGAAUGACAUUUGAGUUCAAUAAUAAAACACAGUGUAUUACACUCUGGAGUUGUCUGUAAUGCUGCUCCAAAUGCAAGAGCAGGAUCUGGUUGUGUACACACUUGAUGCGUAAUUUUAAUCACUAUUUAUUUCAGUGACAUUAUGCAUGUCCCUAAGGGUUGGCCAGUUAGGGCCUACUUUGUGAGUCUGACCCUGCAGUACGCACCUUGGGUAAAACACAAUGUGUCUGAGGCAAGGAAUGGAGGAUUAAGACCUCAGAUUGGAAAUAGUAAGAUCUCAGGAUUUUAAAGAGGAGUUAAUAUGUCAACAUGGAAUCUCUUUUCUAAAACAUACAAUGUAGUUCAGGUGAUUAUACUGUGUAGGAAUGUGCUCUAACCAAUCAUGCUGUUAUUACAAUUGCUUACUGAAAUGAUUAGGACAAUAUUUCAUCGGGGG